AUUAUUUACUUCCGCUGUUUACGUUGCUUGUCAGGACGGCCAUUGCCACUUUCGGCUGAGUGUCAUGAUACUGGCUUUUCACUCCCAUUUUAAUGUUUAAAUCAAGUAACUCAGAGAAAACACAAGAAAUAUCUCAGUAAAUUACGAUGUUUAUGUGCAAUGGACAAAUGUAUUGAAGUGGUAUAUUGUUAGACACAUACUCAAGAAAUGACGCGUCUGUGAGAACACCUCGAUCAUUUGCAAGUGAACUGUUCGCUCAUCUUUCAACCAUGUGGCUAAAGUUGUGUCUUCUGUUAAUAUAUAUUACAGUUCUUUUUCUUUUGGCUCGCAUUCUAGAGACUGUGACAUGGUACGAAACAGGUAGUCUCUCUAGACGUUUGCUGGAUCCUAUGGCGCUCUCGGUUGCGAAGCUGAAAGCACUGCUAGAGCAGAGAGGAGUGAGCUACGACACUGUGGUGGAAAAGUCAGAGUUGUGUCAGCUCGUUGACGGAUCUGGUCAGCUUGAUGCAGAUGAAGUUGAGAAUCUGCAGCUGUCAGAGGACCUGAUUUCAUCUGACACGAACUUCACAUCUGGCACUCACUUCUAUGAGCAAGUAGAGGAUGCUAAGGACAGUGUGUGGCUUGUGCAGGUUUUGGCUUAUAGUCAACAAAGCCACUAUACCAUGCCUUUAUUGCCAGACACAGAAUGGAAAGCUAUACGGAAAAAAGUCACCAGGUUUGGUGUACACACUGGCAUUCUGGACUGUGAGCUAGAUCAUAGGUGGUGUGAAGGACGGGGUUGGCACACACCUCGCCUGUUGCUGGCCCUACCUCAAGUUCACCAGCAGAAGGCUAAUGUAGCUACCCAUACAUACCCUGGAAACUGGCGGCAGCAUCUCAUUUCACAGUGGAUUCGCCAAAAGCUCCAGGAAAAAGUAGAAACCAUUCAGGAUUUUCGCCAAUUCAAAGAUGAAUGGCUGACUUUCAGAAGUGCAUGGGAAGAUUCUGAAAUACGUGCAGUACUUUUCUCAAGGGAAGAAGUAUUUCCUAUGUUUUUCUCUGCACUGAGUGUCAAAUUCCCAGGUCGGGUUAGGUUUGGUGUGGUGAACAAUUACAGUGAUUUGUCUAAAGAGUGGACCCAAGCCUUCAACAUAGAAAUAAAUAAAACUUUUCCUACAGUUUUGAUUUUAACAAAAGAAAAGAUUUAUGUUUAUGGAAACAACUAUGGGGAAUGCUUAAGUUUUGCUUGCAUGGAGAGAUUUUUAAAGUUUUUAUAUCGCUUAAAUGACAUUUUUAUCAUUAGUUUUGCAGCUGCCAACAUUUUGUCAGUUUUUGAGGUUUUUUUGGCACAAGGUAGGUUAGUUAGACGAACUCGUCGAAUGCUGUGGUGUUUUGCAAAAUACAACUCUGCUGUUAUUAUGCUUUGGCUCCCACUUAUUGCAAUUUUUCAGCUGCCAUUUCUAAAAGACCUCCCAUACAUUGCUCUCAAGGUGGGGCGUGUGCUGGCCACUAGCUGUCUAGGUGCUGCUUUGCGCCGUGAUUAUUUCUUCUACUUACAUCACCCAGGGCUGGUUGCAGCCAGCUUCCUAUCUGUUUGCUGUGUGUUUAGCUUACUUGCAUUCUGGUUCACAGGAGGGCGCUUUGAGGAGGAGGAGGAGUCAUGGUUUAACUUUAGCCAAAUGCGUACAUUGACCCACCUUCAUCCUAAUUAUUUUUUUGAACCGAUGCACUUGAGUGGGUAUGAUUUGAGUGGAAGAAUCGAACUAUUUGGAUCACGCCUGUUGAUACCUACACUAUCUUCGAGGCCUGUUGUUUCUACCCAUUAUAUUAGUCUUCUGCCUACCUGGUACUAUGGGUGUGUCACCAAGUCUGUUACCACCUGCUACAGCAAGCACUCUGCAGCUUCAACGUGUUCAUGCCAUACUGGAGGUGCAAAGAGAGUCCCUGAUAACUUGAACCUAGUAUCCUGUCAAACCACUCCAGACAGUGAAUGUCAGUCUUCAGGUCUUUCAUGUACUUGUUAUACAUCAGCACUUGACCUGCUCGAUGGAAACUAUCACUGCGAGUGUCAAGGCAGUGUUAAAGAAUGUAGGAGAAAUAACAAGGCAGUCCCUUCUCUUACUUGUGAGCCUGACAGCAGUCAUGUUAGUUCAAACAGUGUAGAGUGUCCCAAUCAGAAAGAUCAUUAUCCUAGUCGUCAGGAUUUGCAAAGCAAAGAAAGCAGCACUUGUCAUCAUCAUAGUACUUGUACCCCUGAAUGCAAGACUCACACCCCACCCCUUACAGAGUUUCCUGAUGGCUAUUUGGCUUGCAGUCAGUGCGUUAUCUGUCUGGAAGAGUUUUUCUUAUGUGUGAAACUGUGUGGUCUUCCCUGUGGACAUAUUUUCCACCAUGUUUGCAUCAUCGCCUGGCUCAGUGGUGAUCAUCACUUCUGCCCCAUUUGCCGUUGGCCAUCCUUUCGCUCCCGCAGUCAUGAAGCAAGCACUGCUAAUGAUACAUAACCUGCUUUUAACUACUUGUUUUUAUCUGCCAUUUAUCAUUUGACCAGACUGUCAGAUUUUUCCAUCUUACAGAUGUGAUAAUCACAGGAAUCAUUCAUUUAAAGAUGUUUAAUUUCAAAUUCUUUUGCACGUGUUAAUGAGGAAUUAAGAGUGGUGAAGAUGCUCCAUCUUUACAGAGAAUGUGAAACAUACUGACAAGGCUGCUGUGAUCUUCAUUUGCAAUUGUGCUGUUGUUUCUUUUAUGAAAUAAUAUUUGUGUCUUCAAUAAACCUCAUGGAGAUGCAGUUUUCUGGUAAUACAUAGAACUCAGAAUUACCCAUUCAUCAGUCGGCAGUAAGGUCAUAAGAGAGAUACACUAUCAUUAAAUUGUAUGAUAGAUGUAGCUAUUUAGGUAACAGAAAGUGAAUCUGUAUCAAGCCUGUAUAGCAGGUUUUUCGUACCCUAGUCUACUUUUUUUUUUUUUUCAUUUGUGCCUCCAUUUGAAUUUUUUUUCCACUUUCUCUCCUGUUACUUAGAAUCACCGAAGGAAGUAGUCUUCACUUUCCUCUAGAGAUAAACUCUUACCCUUUAGUCUUUGUACUAGUAUCCCUUUCAAGAGAAAUAGUCUUCACUAGUUAUUAUUUUUAGGUUUAGCACGAAAUAUCAACAUUAUUUUAAAGAUUACACUUACCAUCCCAUUCUUGAUUCUGCCUCUCAGUGGCACAUAAGUAACUAUUUUUCAUCAAGCAAAGACUCUUUGACAGGUAAUACUGAAAGGCACACACAGGUUCUUUACCACCACUGAGCAGCGUAUUUUUGUGUUGAAAUCCAAAUGCAUAGUAUCUUGUGAUGAUUUAAUUUGUGCUGAAAUUUUAGACUGUUAUCAUUAAAUAUGAAGGUUGAGUAACAUUGCAUUUGCAUGUUUAUUUGAUAUAUGGUUGUCUUACUGUUGUUUUUUAAAGGAAGUUGAAAGGAGAAUGCAGGAGAAGGGGCCAUUGACUUAGGCCAGUUUUGUGAAAGACCAGUCAAAAUAUCUGAAUUUACCAACUGAUCCAUCAUGAGUGGUCACUUGUCAAAAGAAACUGGCUGAUGACAACUUUCUCUGUACUGUUCUAGCUAAAGAACCACCAUGAUUUUGUCUUGAUUUAGAAUAAACAGCAGUUAAUGUGGAGAA